UAUCUAAGCUGAGGUAUUUACUAAGCGCCUGCGCAAUACCCUGCGCGAGCGUCUGAGACGCGUCAACGUCGCGUCGCGUCGCGCUCGCCCUUAGCUGUCCACCUCUCGAGACGCUGCCAUGCUAUCUCCCACGAUUAUCAACGACAUUCUUGUCUACCUACGCGCGCACGACACAUGCCUCUCGGAGCUCAUCCUCGCUGUCUUUCGCAACCCUCACUUCGCAACGCAUGCAUUCACUCAAGACAUCGCUCGCAACGUAACAGACAUCCUGUCUGCCUUCAGCAGACACGAGAAGACGAGCGACGCGUUGUACACGUGGGCGCACGACCACAUGAAGCAAGACUACCAUCAAUCGGCGCUGCGCCUGGCUCAGAAGCAGAAUGGCUGGCACUUCAGCGCGCUGCACGCUACCGCCGAGCAAUUCGAGGAGUUCCGCAUCGAAGAUAUGGCCAAGGACUUCCGCGACCUCGAACCGAGGCUCUGGGACCUUGUAGGCUACCUGCUGUCGGGCGAAGAUGCGGACGCGACCGCCUCGGAGAGUGGUGGCGGAGGCGCCUCCGCGAUGAAUGAGGACGACUACUUCGCGGCCUUCGGUGACGACGGGAUCUUCGCUACUACGGACGCGGAUCACCCAGACGAGAAGCCGGAGACUCGAAGAGCACGUAUUCUGAAGGAGCGACAGUGGAGCUUACGGUCUAUUAGAUCUGUAGUAAUACUGUCUAUCAUCAUGCAGACCAUAAAUCAACAAUGCAAUGCGCUCGGCGCAAUUAAUGGGCUGUUCUUUCACGCCUGUGUGACGCCCGACAAGGUGAUCAAGGCACUUGCACACAUGGGAGUCUCAAUCUCCCCAUACACUAUCAACAACGCCGUCAAAUCCCUUUCACGUCAAAGCGUAGAGGCAAUCAGUGCGCUCGGCGAGUCCCUCAUCUCCGCGUUCGCCUACGACAACUUCGAACUUAAGCUCCAUACGGUCACGCCAACCAUUGAGAAUCCGGGUGGCGAUCUCGUACACCUGACGUCCGGUGAUGUGUUCCAAUUGGACCACGGUGUUACGCGCGAAGAUCUGCGCUGCUCAGCAGAGUUGUGGGCAACCUCCCCGCGCAAUCCAGAUUUCGCUGGGGCUAUUGGGCGACCUGAGCCGGUCGAGUGCAUCCCGGUCAAGAAGCUUCAGCACCACCCCGCGCGUACGAUGGAGGUGAACAAUUCGACGGUCGACGGGAACAUCAGCGCUAUCGAGUCCUUGUGCGCGCAAGCGGGCUUAGGCUGCCCAACAGAGAUCCGUCGUGAUGGUGCCUCUGCGAAAGAACCACGAAGCGUCACUGACAUCUCUGAUUAUGUUGUCCUCUUUCACGGCGACCUGGGGACGAUGGAGCGUGUGCUAUCGGCAUUGAGGGCACGUUCCAUCGAGGACAGCGCCUGGCGCCGCCUCCAAUUUGUCGUCUUCAUUCCCGGGCUAUUUCACUUCAAGAUGGCCUGUGUCGAUGGAAUCUGGCGGGUGUUCAUCAAGCCAAAGGAUGCACGCGGAGACAACAUGUUGAUGCAGUACAUAGGCCUACUUCGACCCAAAGAGACGGGUAAGUAUGGCUCCCAUCCCACGUUCCGACAAAUGCACGAAGUCGUACAACACAUUGGAAUAAUUCUCCGCCUUGAUGCGUGGCGUGUCGAGGCCUCUCACAGCAGCCGGCAGGAACAGUCUCUCGAGACUUGGGCAGCCGAACAUAAGCCAGGGCUUGCGGAGCUAUGGGCUGUUGCGCAGACUCUGGCUCGUGAUUACGUUCCGGGGCAACGCAAGGGACCGCGGUUGUUUGAGCUGCGUAGGCAAGGAGCGCGUCGAGAUGAGCAGCGGGAGAACGUCUUGUUGCUACAGGAGCUGCUGCUGCUGUACGAACAGCUAUCGUGGGCGAUGAAUGCCGGAGAUAUCGGACGGGUCGAGUGGGUGCUACCGUCCUGGAUCGCAGUUUUCAAGGCUACCGGAAAGCAUAAGUACGCAAACCAUAUGACGAAGUUCUUUACGGAUUUGCACAAGAUCUAUCCUCAGAAACUACGACAUGCUAUCCGAUACAACAUCCUCGUCAAUCCAAAGGGGAAAGCCGAUUCGUUCCGCGGUGUUGAUUGGGUAGAAGAGUACAAUAACCUACUCACGAAGGAUACCUAUGGUGGUGAAGGGUCAAAUUACACCGUGAACCGCAUCCUUACCGAGUCGCCAAACAUCCUAGUCUACCGGAGCUGUAUCCGGAAUGCCGAGCGCAACUACAUCCUCAAUGGCUUGACAACGGCACGAGGGCUGCCCGAUAUGACAGCCACAUUCGCAGGAACCUUGUCACACAUGAGUGCAACGCUGAAACCGAACAAUACUAUAGAGGGACGUAAGAGCGACGAGAACAUACAAGACCCCGUGGCAAAAGGGAUGGAGUUAAUGAUCAGUGAUGCGACAGACAACGUGCUCGGUGGAGGCGAUAGCGGAGAGGGUGCUGACGUGGAGGGAAGAGGGGUGAUUGGGAGUAUCACCGCAGAUGAUCUUCUGGGCGGUGUAAGCUAG